AUGGGAUCUUUGAACCUCGUUUGCCCAAUGUGCUGUGGUGAAACGUUUAAUAAUCCGCAGUCAUUAAAGUAUCAUUUAUUAAGCAUGACAGACAACCUAUACUGUCCUGGUUGUUCGCAGCGAUCUGACUCAGUAAUGGCACUCAUUCAACAUUUGGAUCGAUGUGGACAGAGUGUUGAAUCAGAAGCAUCACUUGAAUCCAAGCAUGAGCCUGGGCAAGAAGCUCAACAGGAAUCAGAACAAGACACAGCAGUGUUAAUGAGCACAAGUGUUGAAGGGAUAGAUCAAAGUUUCCUAGCAACUGUAGAUGACAGUGGAAUUAUGAUAGUUGGGGGGGCCCAGACCAUACAAGUUGAUGAAAAUGGAGAAAUUAAAGUCGUAGAAAAAAUGGAAACUGAAGAAACACAGAUGAAGCAAAAUUCUCUGGAAUUUAAAAUAACAGAAAAAGUUCCUAGUACCGCUAGCAAAGUAGAAGAAAAAUGUUUAUCCCAAGAUCAACUAGUAACAAUUUCAACUACUUCAGAAACAGAUGAUAAAAACAGAAAUAAAAAUGUGAUCACUAUUUUACCUGAUGGUUCAGAGCUUCUUGAUGGUGACACUGGUGCUUUAAUAAAUAUGGAUCAUAUAAACGAUGUAGGAGAAUUAGAUGAAGAUGGAUUGUUACAUGUUAAACAAGAACUUUGUGAGAUAGAACCAGAAGCAGUUUAUAGUUGUACUAGUUGUGACAUGAGCUUUAAUUCUGUUGUGGAACACAUAAAGCAAUUUCAUGAUGGACAAGAAGUAUUACUUGAAAUAGCUGAUCAAUUAGAUGAUAUACCUACAGUACCUGCAACUAGCACCCUAUCCUCAGAAUCAGGAAGUGUAGUCAAUAGUAGACAAAGGCAGAGUAUGAACACUCUUCGUACAGAAGAAUGUGUUGACAGUGAAGGGAGAUUAUAUACAAGAAAAGUAGUACAAAUAGAAAGGUUCUGGGAUAGAACUCCAAUGCAAACAUCACUUCAGUCUACCAAGGCACCAAUGAUUGAAAAGUUUUUUUCCAAUGCGCAAGGGGUAAAGGUACGAGAGAAAAGAUUGGCCGCUGCACCAAUGAGAAUGUACAGAUGUAAUCAGUGCCUUCAGCAGUUCUCAAAAUUGGGAAACUUCCGAGUACAUGCGUGUCUUCAUGGCAAUAAUCGUUGCGAUAGUUGUGACCAAACUUUCGCAACACCGAAAGCGUUACAGCUCCAUGCCAAGGUACACGAAGGUGAACCCGAUCCAAAUCAAAAAUCUUUCGUAUGCGAAACCUGUGGUACGGAGUUUUGUUCGCACAAAAGUUUGCGUUUGCAUUCUCGAAUGCACGCGCCGGUCAGAGCAAGGCAUGUUGCAGCACCUGAGGGUACACGUAGCGCUGCAACAUUCAUAUGUUGCGAGUGUGGUAAAACAUUAGCAGAAUCGUACAAAGAAGCGCAUAUGGCUUUGCACUCCGGUGACUCUGUAACUUGUACAGUGUGUAACAGAAAAUUCGAUUCUGCUGAUAGUUUAGCAAUGCAUGCAGCAGUGCAUACGGAAUUAAGUCAACCUCAUUCACAACAUCAAAAGCCUUAUCAGUGUCAACACUGCGGCCGAAGAUUUACAAGACCUCACGAGAAAGUAAAACACGAACGUAUUCAUACCGGAGAAAAGCCACACGCGUGUGAAGUUUGCGGUAAAACUUUUCGUGUUUCUUAUUGUUUAACCUUGCACAUGAGAACUCACACUGGCGUCAGACCAUAUGGAUGCCAACUUUGUGGCAAGAGAUUCAAAGCUUCCUCUGUUUAUAAUCAUCAUUUACGUACGCACGGAGAAGAACGUGCUUACACAUGUACUUACUGUCCAAAAACAUUUAAAACACGUGUUCAAUUAGCGGGACAUAAGAAUAGUCAUACUAAACCGUUUCGAUGCACCGAGUGUUCUCGACCUUUUGCUUCCUUAUAUGCCGCGCGUACUCACAUACAAACUCACAAGAAGGACAAUAAUUUAAAAUUUAGUUGUUAUAUCUGUGGUGCGUCCUAUGGUAGAGCAUUUGCGUUGAAAGACCACUUAAAGCAACAUGGUCAAGAUGUACUAGCUCCACCGGAACCAGCAAGAGAAGAAGAGAUUCACGAAGGAGAAGAUUUUUUGCUUGCAGAGGAAGAGGUUGAAGAUGAUGAAUUAGUUAUCCCAUCACCAUUACCCGUUGCACAAUCAUCAGAAGCUGAUGACACAGAAUGAGACUAUGAAAACUAGUCAGAUGUUUGUUAUAAAUUGUAGUUUAAAAUUGUUCAAUAUAACAGAAAAGAUG